AUGCUUUUCCAGCGACUUCACGUCCAACACCGGCAACAUGUGAUGCGCACCGCAUCGUCGACUUCCGCGCUCACCGCACGCUUCCAAUGUGCAGCAACAACCGUGCGCAGUCCGCCUCAGGGGCGAGCGGCCAUUCACGGCGCGACUCGCCACGUCUGCCCUCUGCGCAGCCUAGCACAAGGGCCCAGCUCCUUCCUCCGAAGCUCCAAUGCCGCCCUUCGCACGCCUCCACCGAAACGACUGCUUUCGGAGAGGUCGAGGGAUAAGCGGCAUCCGCCUGUGCAGGAGCACCAUGUCGAUCAGUCAAGUAGCCAACCACAGCCAUCCCGGGAUCGGCCUGUCACCCGGAGUCUAGAAGCGGCGCGCGAACGCACCAAAGCCGUGCGAAAUAAGGUCCGCUCCUCCCUGACGAGCUUGACGCCACACGAGAACAUCUACAACCUGCCUAACUUUCUUACUGUCACACGCCUGUUCGCAGCGCCGGCGACAGCAUACCUCCUGCUGCACGACCAUCACACCUGGGCGCUCGCGCUGUUUGCCUAUGCAGGAAUCACCGACCUGGUCGACGGCUGGCUCGCGCGGAAAUGGAAGCUACAGACCGUCGCCGGCAGUGUGAUGGACCCCAUGGCUGACAAGGCCUUGAUGAUCAUUUUGACUGCAACGCUUGCCGUGAAGGGAGCCAUACCAUUGUAUCUGGCAACUUUAAUCCUUGGCCGAGAUGCGUCACUAGCAGUGGCCGCGCUCUACUAUCGCCUUGCAUCACUGCCCGCGCCAAAGACUUUUGCGCGUUAUUGGGACUUUUCGCUGCCUUCUGCCGAGGUGCAUCCCACUACUGUGUCGAAGUACAACACGUUUUUGCAGCUAAUACUCAUCGGAUCUACCCUUGCACUACCAGUGGUCACCGCUAGCGGAGAACAGAUCGCGAUCCUUCAGUCGUUUGGCUUGACCACUGGAAAGCUGCAUGCAGCCAUGACCUACUUCCAAUACGUGGUUGCUGCCACCACCACGUGGAGUGGCUUGAGCUACGCCUACCUCAAGAAUGCGGUCACCAUACUCGGGACGAAUGAGGAAGUCAAGGCCAGACAAGGUGCAAGAGGCCGAGCUAUCAUCGGCUUGACUUUCGGCAGCUGCGUCCUCGCUACUGCGUGGCUGGCGCUGAAUGUCGACAAGCCUUCGAUUGAGGGCAGGAAUACGCUGGACGAGGACGCGGGCGGAAACUCACGUCGCUAG